AUGCCGCCCAAGAAGAACCAGCAGACCGUCGAGAAGCCCCGUCUGGGUCGUCCGUCGAACAACCUCAAGAUGGGUAUCGUCGGUCUCCCGAACGUCGGUAAGUCGACUCUGUUCAAUGCCAUUGCCAAGUGCGAUCUUGGUAAGGCCGCCAACUUCCCAUACGCGACGAUUGAGCCUGAGGAGGCGCGUGUGCCCGUGCCUGACGAGCGUUUCCUUUGGCUGUGUGACCUGUACAAGCCCAAGUCGGAGGUACCGGCCUUCCUGACGGUCAUUGAUAUCGCCGGUCUCACUGCUGGUGCGAGUACGGGUGUCGGUCUGGGUAACGCUUUCUUGUCGAACGUGCGCUCGGUCGACGGUAUUUUCCAGGUGAUCCGUGCCUUUGAUGAUGCCGACAUUGUCCACGUCGAGGGUGACGUGGACCCGACGCGUGACAUGGAGAUCAUUUCAACCGAGCUGCGCCUCAAGGACAUUGAAUGGGUGGAAAAGUCGCUCGACACGGCCCGGAAGAAUGCCCGUUCGGCCGGUAACAACUCGCUGGAGGACCGCAAGAAGAAGGAGGAAGUCGUGAUCAUUGAAAAGAUCCUCAAGUGUCUUCAGGAGGACAACAUGGAUGUCCGCAAGGGUGACUGGAAUGCAAAGGAGGUGGAUGUCAUCAACUCGCUGAUGCUUUUGACCGCCAAGCCGGUGAUCUACAUUGUCAACCUGAGCGAGCGCGACUAUGCUCGCAAGAAGAACAAGUGGCUGCCCAAGAUCAAGCAAUGGAUCGACGAGAACAACCCAGGUGACCUUCUCAUUCCGUUCUCUGCUGCGCUGGAGGAGCAGCUGUUCUCGCUUCCUGACGACAAUGCGCGGGCUGAGUACCUGAGCAAGCAAGGCGAGGGUGUGCAGAGCGCCCUGGGCAAGAUCACGAAGAGUGGAUAUGACGGUCUUGACCUGAUUCGCUACUUUACCGCGGGUCCGGACGAGGUGCGUGCUUGGUCGAUCCGCCGCGGUGUCAAAGCACCGCAAGCCGCCGGUGUCAUUCACUCCGACUUUGAGAACAAGUUUGUGUGUGGUGAAAUCAUGGCCUUCGAAGACCUCAAGGCGGCGGGUAGCGAGAACGCUUGCCGUGCGAACGGGAAGCUGGCCCAGAAGGGUAAGACCUACGAAAUGGUCGAUGGUGAUAUUGCCCACUGGAAGGCGGGUGCGUAA